AUGAGGGUGCUGCGACGCGUGUUGUAUUGUUUUGCUCUCCUGCUGAGUGUUGCUUCUCUCUGCAUGUCCGCUAGCGAGGCUGCUGCAGCUGCUGAAGCUCCUACUGAACCUCGUUGCCCUUGUGGGCCUGAAUGUCCUUCUCCUCCUGUACCUGGUGGUUCUUGCCCUAAUGGAAUCCAACCUUGUCCUGCUGCUGCUGCUGCUGCUGCUGCUGCCGCUAAACCUGCUCCUGGUUCAUGUCCUGAUACUGGAUCUACUGGUGCUGAUACUGGUGAUACGUGUACUUCUCCUGCUCAAGAUGCAUCUGGUAGUAAUGGUGGUAGGGAUCCAUCUAAAGUAACAGCACCUGAGUUAACAGGAAAAGGAGGUCACGCUUCUUCUGGUGAAGUUGCUGCUGCUGGUGAAAGAGGUGAACAGGGUCCUGCUGGUGCUGGUGCAACUACUUGUCCUGAUGGUGAUGCAGAUAAUGCUAAGUGUCCCAAAGAUACAACAUUACGAAACAAACCUAUUGAAGAAGAAGCGGCUGCUGGGCGUUCACAAGGUCAAGAUGCUGAACAUGGUGUUGGUGCACCAAGUAAAGGGCCUGCUGUAGCCGAUCGCGCUGGUGCUCAAACUCAAGAGGAACCUCCGGGCCCUCGAGGAGAACAAGAGGCUGCUGCACCUACUGAUUCUGCUAUGAAUCCUGAUGCACCUGCAAGUGAACCUAACACUGGAAACAGCAGAAACAAUGAAGGCAGUGAAAGUGAAACAUCACAACCUCCAUCUUCUCGUAACGGUACAGCCCCAGCGAGUGAAGCUGGUUCUAAUCCUUCAUCGACUGAACCUGAUAAUACACCUUCAGGGAGUGAAUCAACAAGCAACAUCGAAAGUGUGGGAAAUACAGAUACAACCACCACAACAACAACACUUCCUCCUGAACUCACAAACAACAAGAAGGGUGAUGCUGACAGCAGCAGCAGCAGUAUGAGUUAUGUGUGGGUGCGUGUACCACUACUAAUUGUGGUUACACUGGCCUGUAUUCUUGUGUGCUGA